ACUACCGUUUAACCGUUGCUUAGAGCUCGUUAAUUAGUUAAACCUUUUUGAAACAUACAAAUAAUUUAAUAACUUAAAUAAAAACUUUCGAUUAAUAUAAUCAUCGUGUGACUUUUGAAAAUUAAAUCGCACUAUAUCAAUAUUUUUAUUGCAAUGACUUCAUCUUCCUUGUCAAUCCCUCUUGGGCCCAAGGUCGGCACAGACACAAAGCCAUCAUUUUCAAUCUAACAUUUAAAAAUCCCCGAAAUACAUUUCCACGGUGUAUAUCGUACCACGUGUCCUUCUCUCACUCGUUAUCACCUAAUUUUCCCGCCUCGCUAAAUGCACACAGCCUGUUGUAAAACUCCACGUUGAUUCCAAAGAUCUCACCCCAUCAACUGAAAUGGCUGCUAAGCAUUGCGACAUAUGUAAACCAACAGCUACCGAUCCAGAUUUUAUGUGCCUGAGUUAUGAUUCUUCCACCACCGUCCACGGCGGCAUUGGGAGGGUGUUGAUGUGCGACGUUUGCGAGCAAGCUCCGGCUGCGUUCACUUGCAAAGCCGAUGCCGCCGCGCUUUGUGUCGCUUGUGAUGCCGAUAUUCACUCCGCUAAUCAUUUGGCUCGUCGUCACUACCGUGUCCCGAUCGACCCUUUUCUUGGUCCACAAAAAGAGGAUGUAGUAGAGAUGGGUUCUUGGUCUUUGUUACCUGGUUUCAAUCAUAAACUGGUUGAAACAGAGGAUUUGGGGAUUUCAGAAAUGGAUCCGUUAAUUGAUUUGGAGUACCAGGAUGGAUAUCAUGUUUUACAGCAUCAUAAUUUAGGUAUGGAAAGCUUAGUUCCAGUUCAGAUCGAACCGGCAACAACAGUUCCAGUGGUCAACCCUAUUCACUUCUGCCAAUCUCAGUCUCUCAGCCAUAGUGUACCGUCAUCCUCGGUUGAGUUAAGUGAUGGGAAUUCCGUAUCAGAUAUCUCGUACCCAUUAAGAGGUACCACAGUUGAUCCAAGUGUACUCAUAUGCAACAACCAAGCAAACCAAGUUGGUACAAUGGAUCGAGUGGCUCGGGUUUUGAGGUAUAGAGAAAAGUGAAAGAAGAGGAAAUUCGAGAAAACAGUUCGUUAUGCUUCACGAAAAGCCUACGCUGAAUCAAGACCGAGAAUCAAAGGUCGUUUCGUUAAAAGAACCCAAAUCCACAACCGAGUUGACCAUCUCUGUAACUCAGCAAUAUCACCAUCAACAACAACAACAACAACAUCCCACACGCAUUACUACGGUAUCGUCCCAUCUUUUUUAUGAAAGGGAAACGUGGAAAAAUGAAACCAAAAAAUUUAAUUUUAGUGAUGAUAUUGUAAAAUUCAUCUAGUUAUGUAGCAAGUAGAGUAAUAAUCCCAAGUCCAUUAAGAUUAAGGAAGAUGGUAUGUCACCCAAAUAACGGUGAUGUUUUUG